GUUCCAUCGUGUUUUGUCACAGCCUACUUCUGCUUGUAUUGUGUUUAAUGUUUUUCUUUCACAAACUCGUGCAGUUCCCCCUAUCUAUCCAAGUGCCACGAAAGCCGCAUGAUUUCCCAACCAUGCGAACAACACUUUUUACAGUAACUCUAAAAGCUACUUUUGUUUGGAUUUUCUCGGCCCCGCUUUUUUUCUCUCCACAUUUUCGCAAAGUGAAACCUACAUCUUCUAGCGGUGCAUUCAGUUUUGAUUUGCCUAUACAGGGUUACGAUUCAGCUCAUUUCACACGUACAGAUGCGUACACACGCCCGCAUAUCUUAAUCAUGCAACGAAAUCACGAAAGAAAGUGAUAUCGGAAGGAACUCUGGCUGUUCCGACAUCAAAGAGCUCUCAAGCAUCUCAACUCAAUGAUUCUGCGCUAGUGAUGAAGAUGAAUGAGUGAAACCUCGUGUAAUAGUCGAUUCAGUGUUUAGAGUGAAAAAUAGAUAACUGAUUGUAUGCGGACGGUAAACUGAACAUUGCGCCUCAAUGAAUACGGAAACGGCAAGCUAGCAGAUAACGAAACAAUGUCAUCGGAUAGAAUACACAGGGCGGCCAAGGACGGCUUGCUCGAUGUCCUGAAAGAAGCCACCCGUUCGGAAGUGAAUUCCAAGGAUGUGGACGGUAUGACGCCGGUGCUAUGGGCAGCUUUCGAGGGACGCUUAGAGGCUCUCAAAUUACUAGUCGGACGAGGAGGGGAUCCCGAUAAAUCGGAUCAAUUUGGUAAUACCGCAUUACAUCUAGCUUCCGCCAAAGGGCACAUGCAGUGCGUUGAUUUCCUAGUUCAAUUUGGGGCAAACUUGUAUGCGCUGGAUAUCGAUAAACACAGUGCGAAGGAUUUAGCAGCCAUUAACAAUCGUGAUAACAUCCUACGCUAUCUGGAUAUGGCUGCGGCUAAUCUGGAGACUACGGAUAAGAAAAAAGUUCGAGACCUGAAAGAACAAGCAAGGAAAAAGUCCGAAAAACAAGCGCGGGAGUUCGCCAAACGGCAGCAAAAAAUCGAGCAAGGUGUGGAAGAUAACAGUCGAGUUCGACCGCACAGGCCGUCCAACGUGCUUCAGCUGCUGAAACAUAAAAUUUGGUCCGGGAGUCAGGGCAAUUUGAAAAAUCCUCAAAAAGACACCAAUCAAAACUCUACCAAAUUUAGUGCACUAGUCGGUGGAACAGUGACUGGAGCAAGAGGUGCUGUGAAGAAACGUGCAGAAGCUACAAAGCUUAAACAGCAAUUAGGAAAUGGAGGAUUCAAAAUCGGCGAAGUUGAACCAACGGGGAAACGUAGUAUUCGAUCAAUUCAGGGACUACAGAGAGAUUCGGAGAUUUUGUACGUGGGAACUUAUAGCUCCGACGAUAAUAGCAAAAGAGGUCAACUAAAGGACGUGUUUGAUGUUGACUCAAAUGGCUACGAAGAAGUGGAUGACGAUGAUAGUGAAAACGGUUGUUCUACUGUGAACAAGUUUAACACUAUAUCUAGGUCUGUGAGUCAACCAGACUUUUUGGCUAAUCUAAACGACGAUCUUACAAACGACGUGCUGUUGCAAAAUCGACCCAGUAUUUUCAACAGACCCUCAGGAAAUUUAGCUAUGACCCGAUCAGUGUCAACCGUACUAGCAAAUUUGGGUAAUGGACAUUCGGCCAACGAAUCCUCAGACGGAUCCAUGAAAGCGAAACAAAAACUGGGUCCUAUCAAACCACGCUCGCAAUUGAUUAUCUCAGAUUCUGAUAGUGACCAUGAUAGCACCGAUAACGAGGAAAAUGAUUCGUUGGCAGUGUUGCGAUUUCUGUCAGCAUUCAAACUCGAAGACUACUAUCCAACAUUCCAGAAACAUGAGAUCGACAUGGAAACAUUAAUGCUACUAACCGAGGGAGACAUAAAAUCACUGGGCUUGCCAAUCGGUCCGCACAGACGGUUGUGUAACGCCAUCCAGGAACGAAAAGAAGCCCUUGCCAGUCCGGGAACUAUAACAGAUAGUCGGCUAUGAGCGAAACAUUGUUGUGAUUGCAUUUUAAAAAUCAGGCUAAAUUACGAAAAUGAGCUAGCAACUGUGUAAAUAGCAAAUUAAAUUAUUAAACAAAGUAUUAAAAUCGUCAA